AUGACAGUGCUCAAUUGGAAGCACCACACUCUCAUUCAAGCUCUAAUGUCCCGCGGCCCACUCAAGGAAGAAGAAUUAUUCAAGAUCUUUGCCGACGUCACUGGCAAAUACCCGCAAGGUAAUAAGAGAGAAUUCAAUGAUUACUUACUGAAGAUAAACAAGGAAUUGUCGUAUGUUCAAAUGGAGAUGAGGUGUUGUAGAAACCAAAAUGAUGGUGGAGUUUGUUAUGGACUUGUCAAUACUGUUCCUGAUGACCAAUCGAAGCUCGGAACUAAGUACUCUGUCCCGCAGAUUGCUUUAUUUAAAGGCGUGAUAGAAGCGAUAGUGCAGGAUGUCACCGCCCAAGGAAGCAUAUCCAACAUUGAUGCUCUCAAUAUAAGAUUGGAGAAUCAGGUCCAGACUGUGACAGAGUCAGAAUCACAGGAAGGUCCAUCUCAGAUGCCGCCUGCUUUAAGGAAUUUCUCAAUGUCCCAAAAGGAAAAAACUCUUGAUGAACUUGUUCGAGACAACUGGCUUUGCCACACACCAGAGGGUACCAUUGGGCUUGGUGCCAGAUCCUACCUUGAUUUGCGAAGUUGGUUCCAUAGUUCUGGUAUUCCUUCAUGUGAAGUGUGCAAUGAAGCUGGAGUAAAGGGAAAAGUGUGUCAAAAUGAAGGAUGUACAGCUCGAAUUCAUCAUUACUGCCUGGAGAAGAAAAUAUCUCAAAGCAGGGGUGAAAUAGUCUGUCCAAGCUGUGGCAUUCAGUGGCAUCAUGGAGUAGCCAAAACCGAAGUCAUAGAAGAAGGGGAGGACCUAAAUGAGCCUUCUCAGAGCCGACCACGUACAGGAUCCAAAAGGAAGAAGAUGAAAGCCAACAAAAAUAUGGCUGCAGAAACUUUUGGAUGUGGUUCCUCCCAAAAUUCCCAAUCUGGUUCUGGUAGAAGGAUCACCCGAGCUUCAGCCCGAUCAAGUUAA